AGAUGAAGUGUGCAAACUUGGCUGUGCUGCUGGUCUUUCUACAAAAUGCCAUUGCACUCCAUAAUGUGACUACACCUCUUCCUACCUUGGUGGAAUAUCUGACCGAACCUCAGGCCACACUCAACAAACCUCAGUUUAUGAGAGAGCCAUUUGCCAAUGUAACCGGCUCUUUGAAUGAAAAUGGAGUGUGCCAAUGCUCAGUGUACCUGCCAGACACCACGUUUCCUGUGCAGAAGGUCGAGAUGCUGGAAAUCACAGCCCAAGUGCUUUCUGAGAAAUUUGAAAUAGAACUUACUAAAGUUAGCCAAUAUACCAAAGCAAUUGAAAUAUAUGAACAGAAAAUCCGAAACCUCACCAUCAAGGUGGAACAUAUGGAGUCGACCACUGUUUCUUAUACUGAGCUGGACUUUCAGUUACUGAAACUGGAAAUCAAUGAAAUGGAGAGACUGGUCACUCAGCUGAAAUCCACACUUGUUGGAAGCAAUGUGAUUGUUGAACAACUAUACGUGGAGAUUAGGAAUUUGACUCUCAUGGUAAAUGAUCUGGAAUCACUGGACAAAAACAAUAUCCUUGCAAUCCGUCGAGAAAUUGUGACUCUGCAGAAUCGAUUGAAGGAAUGUGAAAAAGAAAGAAAUCAAACCACUCCGCCCCCCUAUUUCCCACCAGGUAGCUGUGGUCAUGGUGGAAUUGUGAAUAUCAGCCAGCCCUAUAUUGUACAGCUGAACUGGAGAGGAUUUUCCUUCAAAUAUGGUGCCUGGGGUCGGGAUUACUCUCUUCAGACCCCAGAGAAGGACCUGUACUGGGUUGCACCUUUGAACACAGAAGGGAGAGUCUUGGAAUAUUACAGACUUCACGAUUCCUAUGAUGAUUUGCUGCUAUUCAAAAAUGCUAGAGAUAAAAGAAUUACCUACGGGGAAGGCAGUGGCACUGCAGUUUACAAUAAUUUCAUGUACUAUAAUAUAUAUAAUUCAAGAGAUAUGGGCAAGCUUGAUUUAAACACAAACACAUUAACUGUGAGGAAAACUCUGCCCAAUGCUGCUUAUGGUAACCGUUUCUCUUAUGCUGGUGUUGGGUGGCAAGAUAUGGACUUUGCUGUGGAUGAAAGUGGAUUAUGGGUAAUUUAUUCAACUGAAGAAAGCACAGGUAACAUUGUGAUUAGCAAACUCAAUGAGACCACACUUGAUGUGCUCCAUACUUGGAAAACAAGGCAGUACAAGCCAUCUGUUUCCAACACUUUCAUCAUAUGUGGUGUUCUAUAUGCCACACGACCUAUCAACACUAGGGAAGAGGAAAUAUUUUACACGUAUGACACCAACACCAAACAGGAAGGUAAAAUUAACAUCAUUAUGGACAAAAUGUUAGAAACAGUUCAGAGUAUCAACUAUAACCCCUCAGACCAUAUCUUGUAUGUUUACAAUAAUGGCUACCUUGUUAAAUACAAUCUGAUUUUUCAACCUGUGUUACACUGAUAUGAAUAAACUUAACAGCUAGAGAUCAUAGAAAGUCCCAUUUUAUAUCCCUGUGGAAAAUGUUAAUGUUAGAUUAGGAUCUAAUCCUACCAAGAAUAGCUACUGGGCAUAGGGUUUAUUACCAUGAGCUUUCCCAUUGAAGGGAUUACUUACACUAUAACCUCUAUGCCUGGUAAUAACUAAUUGCAAAACUGGGUUCUUAGUUUUUUAACUGGUGUUUAGCUACAAUGGUGACAGGUGUACUAGAAAUGCCUCUGCUGUAAAGAUAAAUAGAUGACUUACUGAUGGACAGAACAUGCAUAGCAAUAGGCUCACACACUGAUGUGCAUUUGGAGGAAUGUCUGUAUUUGAAUAAAACAUGGAAACUGAACUGCUGUUUUGUCAUCAUUGCUCAGAGUAUGGAAGGCCAUAAAUAUAUUAAACACUGGCCUCAAAUAAUUACUAAAAGAUUAAAAUUAGAGGAGAAUUAAGACUUGAUCUUUAAAGAGCAGACCAUUGGUU